ACCUUGCUUCACUCCAUCCCUUCUCAUCACUCUUCUCAUUCUCUCACACUCACACUCCUCUUCACUCCCACCCGCCUCCUUAUCUACUUCUUACUCAUCCACUUGACUCUAACUUUCAAUUGAAUCCCUCGUCCUCCAGCAAGACUCACCCAAGUGUAGGUCUGACAGCUCAAUUUGACCUGAAAGUGUCUGCCCCAUGUCUUCCACGAAGCUGACGUGAUAUGCAGGCAAAAGGCUGCGUUCAACCUCACGAUGGAGAAGAGUACAUGUUUGUCAGGGCCUAACUAAUGACUGUCCGUUCGAUAUCACCCUGCGUCUUCUCUUCUGUUUCAAUUAACUAGCACUCCUUCGUCAUGUCCUGGCUGCACUCCAAGAAGCACAAGGAAAAAGAGCGGGAGAAGGAAAGGGAAAAAGAAAAGGAAAAGGAAGCCGCGGCGCUGUCUGCAUCGUUCAAUUCGUCGUUACAGAUAAAAUCCUCGUCUGCGACCUCGUCCUCCUCGGCAACAUCCCCGCCAAAAUCAUCCCAAGGUAACGGCCACUCGCAGGCCCCAUCUUCCUCUUCGACACAUUCAUCCACUCCGCCAGUUUCCGGCCAUUCUCCAUCGCCAUCGGGGCAAUCUCAGCAGAACGGAGUUUCUAGCGGAAAGACUGAGGGCGGAGCAGCCAAGAAUGGCCUUUUGAUCAUUCGCGUAGUCGAAGCGCGAGGGCUAAGCCUUCCACCUGGCUCCUACAAUCCUCCGUUCGUUCCUAAGCAGCAGCCCAGCAUAACAAGCAACAGAGAAUCUCUCCAGCGAAAGUGGUGGUUGCCUUAUGCCGUCCUGGAAUUUGACAAGAAUGAAGUUCUCAUUGACGCUUUGGGCGGUGAGCUGUCGAACCCUGUCUGGCAAUACAGAGCUCACUUCGACGUGUCGAGAGUGUCUGACGUGCAAUUAUCGCUCUAUAUUCGCAUCCCCAACCCAAAGACGCUGGCUGCGCUGGAAAAGUCUGGAAAUGUGAUGGAGAGUGAGAGUUCGAGCGAGGACGUAUUCUUGGGCAAUGUCAAACUGGAGCCCCGCUGGGACGAGCAGAUGCAAGACGAAUGGUUUAUGCUUCAGGGAGGAACAGGCAAAGUCCGCGUUCAAGUGGCGUUCAAACGAGACAGCGCCAACACUCCGCUGACAAUAGACGCGUUUGACCUCCUCAAAGUCAUUGGAAAGGGCAGUUUUGGCAAGGUCAUGCAAGUUAGGAAGCGCGAUACGUCUCGUAUUUAUGCCAUGAAGAUCAUCCGCAAGGCGCACAUCAUCUCCCGUAGCGAGGUCAACCACACUUUAGCGGAGCGAACUGUCCUGGCCCAAAUCAACAAUCCGUUCAUUGUCCCUCUCAAGUUCUCAUUCCAGUCACCGGAGAAGCUAUACCUUGUUCUCGCCUUUGUCAAUGGCGGGGAGCUCUUCCAUCAUUUGCAGCGCGAGGGCCGAUUCAGUGAGGAGAGAUCUCGGUUCUAUGCUGCCGAACUUAUGUGCGCUCUCGAGUGUUUGCAUGGAUUUAAUGUUGUCUACAGGGAUCUCAAACCAGAAAACAUCCUGCUGGAUUAUACCGGUCAUAUUGCCCUCUGUGACUUUGGACUGUGCAAGCUUGGCAUGACAGAGACCGAGACGACAAACACGUUUUGCGGAACGCCAGAGUAUCUCGCGCCAGAGCUACUCCUUGGUCAGGGCUAUACCAAGACGGUGGACUGGUGGACCUUGGGCGUGCUUCUGUACGAAAUGUUAACUGGUCUGCCUCCGUUCUAUGACGAAAAUAUCCACGAGAUGUACAGAAAGAUCUUGCAAGAUGAGCUGCGAUUCCCGGACGAGGUUGCGCCCGAUGCACGCGCACUGUUGUCGGCGCUUUUGACAAGAGAUCCUAAUCAACGCCUUGGCAACAAUGGGUCGAGUGCGAUCAAGCAGCAUCCGUUCUUCAAGCCCAUCUCUUUCCCGUUGUUGAUGGCGAAAAAAAUUCAGCCGCCGUUCAAGCCCUCUGUGUCCUCCGCCAUCGAUACCUCCAACUUUGACGAGGAGUUCACGAGCGAGGAACCAAUGGACUCGGUUGUGGAGUCAUCGUUUUUGAGCGAGACCGUUCAAUUGCAGUUCAAGGGGUUCACCUACAAUCCCGCCAAUGAUGGUGUUCUAGGUGCCAGCAUGGCAAACCAUGGUGCCCUGGGAUCAUCGGGCGAUCGCUCUGUAUCGGGACGCACGGGCGGCAUGGGCCAAGGGCGGGGUGGCUACUGACUCUAGUGAAGAAUCACAAGAACGACGGAAUAAAAGCUCUCUUUAUUUGUGC